AUGCAGCACGACGCUCAGACAGCCUACAAAGAUGCUGUUGGCCAUGAUCCCCUAGCGUUGGAGGCAUUGAUUGGACUGGCGAAGACAGGCAUGGACGAGGAGGACAUUUGGAGGCUAGUGACCGGGCCAUGGGCCCCUUGUGGUGGGGCAAGGCCCGAGGAAGGGGCACGGCGAGGGGUCGGGAAAGGACGAGGAGGAAGCGACGAAGCCAAGGGUAGCUCCUCGCGUCGACCCAGAGGUAGCCAGGCUUACGAAAGCGUCGACUCCCGGGGGAGGUUGAGCAGUGAUGAAAAUAGCGUGUGGCAGGUCCUGCGGACCAAGACGCUGCCCUGGCUGAAGGUCUGGGUACAAGCACAUGUAGCCUUGGCCGCGCAAAAUUGGGCGGUGGCCGCCGAGCGCUUCGGCGAGUUGGAAGUCCGCUAUUUUCCGAAGUCCACGCAUUGCCUGUUGCAGCGAGCACGGGCGCAGGUGGGAAUGCGUCAAAUGUAG